GGGGACUCGGAGGGAAAAGAGCCAGAACUGCAAGGCGGGCAAAGAGGGCAGUAGGUGGCGCUCCCUCGAGGUGACGGCAGACGGGGGUCCCACUGGUGAAGCCGCCCGGCCAUUUGCGGCCGCGGUUUCCUUCUUUGGAAAAUAAGGGGGUGGGUUUCAGUUGCCUGCAAGGCCCGACCCAGCACCAUUUGGGGCCAGAUCUCUUCCUGCCCCUUGUGCGGCGGCCACCUCUGGCGCCCAUCACUCUCUCCCCUCCCCUGACCCCCGUCCUCCAUGGCUGAGGACUGGCUGGAUUGCCCCGUGUUGGGCCCGGGCUGGAAGCGCCGUGAAUCCUUCCGGAAAUCCGGAGCUACCUGCGGUCGUUCAGACACCUAUUACCAGAGCCCUACGGGAGAGCGGAUUCGGAGUAAGGUUGAGCUGAGGCGCUUCUUGGGCCCCGACUGUGACCUUAGCCGCUUUGACUUCAAACGGGGUGUCCUCCAGUAUUUGCCUGCCAAGGGAGCUUCUCAAAAGAAAAAGAAGAAGAAGAAGAAGAAGAAGAAGAAGAGACGAGUUUGGCCCAAGAAGAAAGAACCGUCCCUCAAAGAGAAGCAGUCUCUGGGGUCAACCCCCAGAUUCUGCCAGCCUCCCCCCCUGGCCACUCUGGCUAUAAUCUGUGAAAACUGUGGCGCCAGCAUCUCAGCGAGACGCCCGGCAGCGCUCCGGACUCUAUGUCAAGGUUGCCGAGCCCGGAGGAAUGCCUUCAACCGGGAGCAGAGGAUGUUCAAGCGAGUAGGCUGUGGUGAGUGCAAGGCCUGCCAGCUGACCGUGGACUGUGGCACGUGCCCCGGCUGCACCAUGCGGGUUUCCCGGCCUGGUGCCUCCCAGCUCCCUGGAAGCCAGUGUGUCCAGCGCCGCUGCCUCAAGAUCGUGAAGAAAAGUUUUGGCUGCGGUGUCUGUUCUGGUUGUAAAGUCAAGGAGGACUGUGGGACCUGCUGCAUUUGUGAGCGCCGGGGGAAACCAGACCUCAAGAGGCAAUGGAAAUGCCUUCAGCGGCGUUGCCUCAAGAAGCGCAUCAAGAAGAAACCUCGAGGAUUGCCCACCAGGAAGCUCCCGGGCAGACGCCGCCGAGUCCUGAUGCCGCCGCCCCCCCCUCAAGCCUACGGCCCGUUUGGCACUACUAAGGUUCCAAGCCCCAACGGGAGCCUUGUGGUGCCAUCACGUUGUUGUUGGAGAAGGCCUGAUUUCCAGGAAGAGGGUGGAGGGCUGAGGGGAAGAGGAGAGAAGGCAGGAAGGUCUCCAGAGAAGGGGGUCCCCGUGAUGAUGGAGGAGUUCGAUCCUGGCUUUGCAGUGCCCUCGGGGACCGACCUCGUCAUCCUACAGGAGCAGGAGGGGCGUGAAGGCGUAUCUAUAGUAGUGCCCAGUACCAAGCCACGAAGCUCCCGGUUCUCCUCUCCUAGCUGCAUCGUCAUAGAGGAGUUUGCGUGUCCAAAUUUUGGGGUGUUCGUCUCAACCCCCCUGAUAAAGCAGGAGGUGGAGAGUUAUGGGGACCAAGCUUUUGGACCUGUCUUUCCUCCCCCUUCAGACUUCUCUCCUGGCCUCCCCAUUACCUUGGAUGUUGAUAAGACCCAGCUACCACUUUCUGUGAAACAAGAGGAAACCUGGGGCGAGGAAGAGGUGGAAGAGGUGGAGGAGGAGGAAGAGGUGGAAGAGGUGGAGGAGGAGGAAGAGGAGGAGGAAGAGGAGGAUGAGGAUGCAAAAGCAGACACUCCUGUGAUCAUGGAGAUUUAUAGCCUGAGUGGAGCCGCCCCGAUAAGAGCUGGGUCCUGGAGUGGAGUCCUGGACAGUGUCCUCCAGGAGUUUCUAGGGGAGCUGAAUGAGCUGCCCUUGCCUGCCCACUGGGAGGUCCUGCCACCAAGGGGACCCGACCUGUGCAUCACCCAGCGUUCUCCCUUGUCUACCAUGGCCUCUGCCGUUAUCCAUAUCCAGCCGGGCCUCUACUUUCACGUAGUGAUACAAGAUGUCCCUGUUCCAGCCAACCAUGAGCUGUACACAGCUCACCCAUUGCGGCUCACCACUGUGGAUGAGGUGGUAGAGCUCAUCUGCAACCUGGAAGCCUACCAUGUGUGUCCCGGCUUCCCCGGCAUUGGGAGGCAGGGCUCCCGUUCUCCAGACUGUGAUGUCCUAGUGUAUGAGGGGCGCUGCCAGGCCUGCUGUCUACCACCCUGCCCCCUCAAAGAGUGGCAUUGAGCCACCUUGUCCCUGGGUCCCCAUGCACUGAGCUGGCGUGGGGGGCCCCUUUCCCCCAGUUCUCCCCUACUACCCUCUGAAGGAGUCAGUGUACACUGGAAAGGCUUGAGGUGAGGAUGGAUGCCCUUCCCCUCCUUCCCCCCCCUCCCCACAGAAACCAGCAUUCACCAUCUCCCACUGGACUGCUCUCGGAGCAUCUCCACCCUUCUGGCCUGCCUCAGUCCCUCUGUGGCUCCCCAAACAACCACCACUGUCUCUGUUCCCGUUGGCACCCCUCCCACACAUACACAUAUUCAAGCUCACCUCAGGGAUAUGGGCUGGGCCCAUGUAUAGAAGUGUGAGGGGCCUGGAUGCUUGGACUUGUCCUGGAAGUGGAGCCCCUAGGGAGGGGCACCUGCAGGGCCAAAGGCCACUCCUUUCUCUGCUAUGCCCCCCUGAAACACACACAGAGAUCCCUGAAGCAAAAGGAACUUUAUUGGUUUUAUGUACCCCAGUGGCCCGCUUUGCUGGUCUGUAUUUGUUGCCUUACCUUUAUUUUUCUAAAUAAAGUAUGAUUGAUGGUUCUGUGAAAAAA